AUACAGUAUGCUUGCAUGCAGCCUGUUGCUUUGCUGCCACACAGCGUUUACCUUUCGGUUUGCAUUUUCUUGAGCGCUGGAGCCAAAGCGUCAUCAACCUGCGACUAUGCACUCAAAGGAACAAGCGCCACACUUCUAGCGUUUUCAGCGUUGCGACAUUACAUCUAGACUGGAAGGAAAUUAGUGGGGUGGCUGACGUUAGUGCACUAUGAGUUUGUUUGGAACAAGCUCGGGGUUUGGGACUGGAGGGACCGGGGUGUUUGGAAGCACGACUACAGACAGCCACAAUCCCAUGAAGGAUGUCGAAGUGACUUCACCUCCAGAUGACAGCAUCAGCUGCCUGGCUUUCAGCCCACCCACCAUGCCUGGAAACUUCCUCAUUGGAGGAUCCUGGGCUAAUGAUGUCCGAUGUUGGGAGGUGCAGGACAAUGGACAAACUGUUCCCAAGGCCCAACAGAUGCACACAGGUCCAGUGCUGGAUGCCUGCUGGAGUGAUGAUGGAAGCAGAGUCUUCACAGCUUCCUGUGACAAGACAGCCAAGAUGUGGGAUCUCAACAGCAAUCAAGCCAUCCAGAUCGCACAGCACGAUGGCCCAAUUAAAGCAAUCCACUGGAUCAAGGCCCCAAACUACAGCUGUAUCAUGACUGGCAGUUGGGAUAAAACACUGAAGUUCUGGGAUACUCGAUCUCCCAAUCCUAUGAUGUCACUGCAAAUGCCUGAGAGAUGCUACUGCGCAGAUGUUGUGUACCCCAUGGCAGUGGUUGCCACAGCUGAGAGAGGCCUGAUAGUGUACCAACUAGAGAACCAGCCCUCUGAGUUUCGCCGAAUAGAAUCUCCUCUCAAACAUCAGCACCGCUGUGUGGCCAUAUUCAAGGACAAGCAGAACAAGCCUACGGGUUUUGCACUGGGAAGCAUUGAGGGCCGAGUGGCAAUCCACUAUAUCAAUCCUCCAAACCCAGCCAAAGAUAACUUCACCUUCAAGUGCCACAGGUCCAAUGGAACCAACACAACCACUCCACAGGACAUCUAUGCAGUGAAUGCCAUCGCCUUCCAUCCUGUCCAUGGCACUCUGGCUACCGUGGGCUCAGACGGACGCUUCAGCUUCUGGGACAAAGAUGCCCGCACAAAGUUGAAGACCUCAGAGCAGCUCGACCAGCCCAUCACAGCUUGCUGCUUCAACCAUAAUGGCAACAUCUUUGCGUAUGCUUCCAGUUACGACUGGUCAAAGGGCCAUGAGUACUACAACCCCCAGAAAAAGAACUACAUCUUCCUGAGGAACGCCGCUGAGGAGCUGAAGCCUCGGAACAAGAAAUGAUUCAUCGUGCCAAGUCACAUCUUUUGUGGAGAAAUUCAGACGACCUGCUGCUUUAGUGUGUAUACGCUCGAGAAAGACUCCUUCCUUACGACAAACACCUGGACCAAUGCCGUUGGGCUGUGUACUGUGCAUGGACCAAUCAGAAGGGCCUACCCAUCCUGGCAUUGAUGACAGCUGCAUGACAGUUGGUCUUAGAGGGAGAGGGCUUUAUUUGGCAUUCAUCUGGAUGUUAUGGUUAAUUUUUUUUUAAUAUGUCCAGCUUUUUAUUUUUUACAGCUCUUCAUUUUCUUGCGAUUUGCUGUUACCCAUGGUUUAGCUUCAUUAAUGAAACUCGGAAACUGUAUAAAUAAAUAUGUGUAAACACUUAGAUUUGAACAUGUUUAUUCCAGCCUGAGGGAGAGCCCAGCUAUUUUGCUGUCUCGAUUGUUGAGAGUUUGGGGAACUGUACCCUGCAUCUAAAAACGUCACCUUCAAACAUCACCACUGUCUCUAAUACUUCAGCUGUUUAUUUCUCUGUAGGUGUUGGGAAUAAUCAUAAAGUUAAGAUAAACUGAACAUCUGGCUCACAGUGUCUCCUCCU